GCUCUCCGCUCUGCUUUGGUUUCAGUUCGGUGCUCGUUUGUCUGGAUACAGGUGAGCGCUUCGCCUCGAUAUUUCCCGUUAGAGACCGAAAACUCCAGACGGUUUUCUCAGUCUGCUGGAUCCUCCUCUGAAUCCACAGCUUUGUAGACGCAUUAUGGCUUCAGCCCAGUUCGAACACAGCAGCGUCCUACAUGAGGAGCUCACCUGCCCAGUUUGUCUGGAUUUAUACCGGGACCCCCACCUGCUGCCCUGUGGGCACAACUUCUGUAAAGCCUGCCUGGAUCGUCUGAAAAGGCAGGCGGAACGAGGUCGGGUACGCUGUCCAGAGUGCCGAGAAAGCCAUCGGGGUGGCACCAACUUCCAGAAAAACUUCAAACUAGCUAACAUUGUUGAUGACUACCGUCGAAGGCGGAGAGCCCCGGCUGCAGCAGCCUCGGCUUCAGUGGCCCAGGAAUUGCUUUCUUCAACGAUGCAGCGAGUAAAGACUGGGGUUGAUGUUCAGUGCGACUACUGCCAUCCUGCUGCUGCAGAGGCCUCAGGAUUCAGCAUCGCUGGAGAUGCUUCCUCUGAUGCCUCCAUCUCUUUGGAAAGCAAGGACAAGAAGGAAGCCUCUUUGUCCACCUUAGCAAUCAAGACAUGCCUCAAGUGUGAGGUGUCGAUGUGUCAAAACCACCUAAAGCCGCACCUGGAGCUGCCGGCGUUUCGAGAACAUCCUCUCACGGAACCGAUGCAGGACUUCUGGAAGAGGAAGUGCCUGGAUCACGACGAAAUCUAUAGAUACUACUGCAUGGAUGACAAGAUGUGUGUCUGCAACGCCUGCACCAUAGAGGGAGGCCACUCAGGACACACCAUCAAGACUCUGAAAAACACCAUGAAGGACCUAAAGAGUUCACUGGAUAAACAGUUAUACAGGCUGGAGAGGAAGAACAGCAUGGCGGAGAGGAAACUACAGGAGCAGAAGGACAAGGAGCGACAAAACAAGAAGUUCAGAGAUGAUGCAGAGGGCUGUUUGACUCUUUUGGAGGAGGACAUGAAGACCAGAGUGCAGCGCUUCAUCCUCACUUUGAGAGAAUACAUGCGCACUCAGUGUGAAACCAAUGGCUCAGCCAUUCAGAAGAACAUCUCUAAGAUCUGCCAGGACCAAGCUCGCCUCCAAGAGGUGCGCUGCGGCAUCGAGAGCCUUAUGCAGGAAAACGACCCUUUCCACUUUGUCGAGGCAUAUAAAACCACAGGAAAACAGUGCCGAAAGCAGCUUAGGAAGAACAUGUUCUACCCAGAGUACAUUGAAAUGGAGACUGAGAUCCUCAGCCUGAGGAUGGAGGAAGAAAUGAGCAGAUUUCUUGAUGAUCUUCCGUGUCACAUCAUCUCUGGGAUCAACUCCUUGUGCAGCCUGUCUGAUCCAACGGAGGAAGAAGAUCAUGAGGAGAACGAGGAAGAGGCUGCAGAGGAUGAAGACGACGAUGAAGAUGACCUUGAUGACAGCAGCGAGGAUGAAAUUAGGAGUGAUGAAGAGGAGGAAGAGGUCCAUGACGAUGAUCUGGCUGACCACGACUUGAGCCCGUGGGAGGAGGAGGAAGAAGAGGAGGAGGAGGAGGAGGAAGAUGAUGAGGAUGAGGAUGUAGAGGAAGAAGAGUCAGAGGAAGACAGAAUGGUUUAGCUGUAGUGGGUUUUUCAUUUGUUGCUACAGCAGCAGCAGAUUGACCCCCUCAGCUGGAUUCACAGAAGCCAAUGAAAACUGACAGAAGGCUGAACUUGAUGGAAGUCUUUUAUAAGAGAUUUGCUGGAUGUGAAACAGCUCACAUCAACAAAUAUGAAUGUAUGACAGAAUGUAGAAAACCUCUGCAUGGCUGCAAUGCUUUGUUUUCUAUCACUUUGAUAAAUAUUUUCCUAAAUCCAAGAUGUUUUCCUGAGGAAGCGCGGGAAGCAUCUUCUAGAAAGGCCAGCUGUCGACGUGCCUGAUAAGAAAAGAUAAUUUAAAAGUAGAAAAAAAAAUGAACUCUUUAGUCUUGGUUUGGCAGCAUGUUUGACAACGGAAAGUAAACAUCCGGUCAGAAGUAUUUGAACAAGCUGUCUAAGCUAGUUUAUUCAUUACAAACGAGAGAAUGUUGUUUAACAAGGGGAAGAAAUGCAAUCUAUAACAGUUUACAUAGAAGUAACGCUUUAAAACCAGUGUUUGCAUUGUAUAUGAAAUUGUUUCUAUGCACACUUCAUACAGAAAUCUUAGAAGUUUUAGGUGAUGAAACAUUUUGCACUUGAUCAAUAAUAUGCUACCUUAAGCCUGGAAUAUUAGAAUGUUAAAUACAUUUUUCUUCUAAUGUGAGAGACUGGGAAGAAAUAAGAUAAAACCUGGUAUUAAUAAAUUCUAAGUUCCAUAUUAAUU